UACACAGAAAAUACUACGUACCCGAAAUAGCCAACAAUAAUGGCUGAAGAGAAAAGUUUCAAUAUUCCAAGAGUGAAGCUGGGAAACCAAGGAUUGGAGGUUUCAAAGCUUGGUUUGGGUUGUAUGGGGCUUAAUGGAGGCUACAGUGCACCAGUCCCUGACGAUGUUGGCAUAUCAAUAAUCAAAUAUGCCUUCAACAAAGGAAUAACAUUCUUUGACUCCGCUGAUAUAUAUGGAGAGUCAGAGAAGCAUGCUAAUGAAGUUUUGAUUGGCAAGGCUUUGAAGGAGUUGCCUCGUGACAAGGUUCAAUUAUCAACAAAAUUUGGCAUUGUGGAAAUAAGUGCUGACAAAAUUGAGGUGAAUGGUAGUCCUCAUUAUGUCCGGUCCUGCUGUGAGGCUAGUCUUAAGCGUCUCAAAGUGGACUACAUUGAUCUCUACUUUGUGCACCGAGUGGACACAACAAUCCCCAUUGAGGACACUAUGGUAGAGCUGAAGAAGUUGGUGGAAGAGGGUAAGGUGAAGUAUAUUGGGUUAUCUGAGGCAAGCACAGACACAAUAAGAAGAGCACAUGCAGUUCAUCCCAUCACUGCUAUACAAAUGGAAUGGUCUCUUUGGACUCGUGAUAUUGAAGAAGAAAUCAUCCCACUUUCCCGAGAGCUUGGUAUUGGGAUAGUUCCAUAUAGUCCUCUUGGUCGUGGAUUUUUUGGUGGCAAGGCAGUUGUGGAGACUCUACCUCCCAAUUCUUUUCUGGAAUCGCAUCCUCGGUUUCAAGGAGAAAACAUAGAGAGAAACAAAGUCUUGUAUAAUCAAAUGGAGAAGUUGGCUCAAAAGCAUGGAUGCACCAUUCCACAACUAGCACUUGCAUGGGUUCUCCAUCAAGGUGAUGACGUGGCACCUAUCCCUGGUACAACUAAGACAAAAAAUCUUGAUAAUAACAUUGGAUCGUUAAGAGUGAAGCUGAGCAUAGAAGACUUGAAGGAAAUUUCUGAUUUGGUACCCAUCAAUGACGUGGCAGGUGAUAGAGACUAUGCGGCUUUUAUUGGUAGCUCAUGGAAGUUUUCAAAUACACCACUUAAAAUUGGGGAUUAUUGAAAAAUGCCAUUAUAAUGAUUCUUACAUUUCAGCAGAGUUUUCAGUCCCAGCACUGCAGUGAAUUGGAGAUUAAUAUAUGUUUCAAGCUUCUUCUAUUUUCUUCUCUUUGUUUGUUACAUUUAAUUUUCUUUUUUUUUUAAUUGUAUCCCCUAAAUUUCCAUAAUUUUCUCAUGUAAUUUUUUUCCCAUUACGUAACAAUAUUUUACAUGAUAAAGAUAUCAAAUAAACUAAUUAACUUUUUU